AUGCGUUGUAUCAAAAAUAAGAUCGAGCACAAUGGCUCUGGUGCAGUCACAUUAUGCCCAGAUGAGCCCGAAGAUAUGUGGCACGCAUACAACUUGAUCCGACCUGGUGACCUUCUCCGAGCCAGCGCAAUUCGCCGCGUUACCACAGUCCAAGACACAGGGUCCACAAGUUCAGCACGCGUUCAUCUGAACCUUGUGAUUCGCGUGAAAAACCUCGACUUCGAUCCGCUGAGCUCCCAGCUCCAUGUCUCAGGGCAGAUCAUCAACGAAACGCCGCACACAAAAAUUGGUCAAUUUCAUACCCUUGAUCUAGAGUUGAAUCGAAAUUUCACGUUAGAGAAAGAGGUCGGGGCAAAUGGAGAAGGUGUCGGCUGGGACAGUAUUGCGGUUGAGGCACUCAAGGAUGCCGUGGACGAAGGCGGAAAGCGUCGCGCAGAGGCUAUUGCAGUUGUUAUGCAGGAGGGUUUGGCUCAUAUCUGCUUUAUUGGUCAGUUCCAGACGAUAAUGAAGCAAAAGAUUGAGAUGUCCGUACCGCGGAAACGACAUGGAGGCGGCGAUCAUGAUAAAGGCAUGAACAAAUUCUUCAAGGUCACACUUGAAACCCUCCUCCGGCAAAUGGAGUUCAAUACCAGUCUUACUUCGGGCGCUAACAAUGAAGCUGUCCGGCCUGUUCUCCUUGCUUCGCCUGGAUUUGUCGCCUCUGGUUUCCAAAAAUACAUUCAGUCGGAGGCAUCGACAACAACCCCUGGGCUCAAGCGACUUCUUCCCAGCCUUGCCGUUGUGCACUCCGCCUCCGGCUACACAAACUCCCUAUCAGAGGUGCUGCAGUCACCCGCGGUCAAGACUCUUUUGGCUGAUACCAAAUACGCCCGGGAGACCAAACUGAUGGAUGACUUCCUCGAGCAAUUGCGCAAGGAGACCAAUAAAGCAACCUACGGUCCCCGCGAGGUUGAGUCUGCGGUUGACCAAGGGGCUGUUGGUCGAGGUGGGGGUGUUUUGAUUGUUUCGAAUCGUCUGUUCCGGUCACAAGAUAUCGCCGAGCGUAAGCGCUGGGUGUCUCUCGUAGACCGCGUUCGUGACGUUGAGGGCGGCGAGGUACGAAUCCUCAGCUCCGAUCAUGAAAGUGGAAAACGUCUCGAGGGACUGGGCGGCAUUGCUGCUCUUUUGACAUUCCCUAUUAUAGAAGAGGAUCUAGAUUCUGAUGCAGAAUAA